AUCCCAGCAUCUCUGUUACUGUAUUUGUUUGCUUGGGCAAUUUAUCAAGUGGAUUGUGGGCAUAAAACUCGCGAGAUUUAACUUUUGUUUCUACCUUAAAAUCUCGACAUGAAAUGCUUUCAUGAUUUGUGGUUUUUUGGGAGGUUUGGAGAGAGAAAGUUUCCAGCUUGAGAUCUGAAGAAAGGAAAAGGAUACAAAAAAGAAAACAAAAGCAAAAGGGUAACAUAUUGAGCGAGAUUGGGCUUUUGUUUUUGUUUGGUUUUGGGAUUUAGUAUAUGGGAAAGUAAAGGAAAUGGUAAGAGAAUCAAUGGGAUUCAAAACUGUCUGACAUUAGAUGAUUCGGUGUUCAUUGCCGUGCCAGAUAACAGCUCCUACAACUAUCUGAUUCUGAUCGCCGAUUGAUUAAAUUAAGUUCUCCCGUCCGUGCAUGAGAAGUUAAAGCAGAGCAACUAUGGUUCCAAGUUUGCAAAUUUAGAAAAUAAAAAGAGAUUAUUUUUCUCUUAUGAAGGUGGAUUCUCGAGUUCGUGAAGAGAUGUUAUGUGUUUAGAGCAAAUGUGAAAAAAGGGUUCUCUUUAAGUGAUCAAAGUUGCUAACUUGAAAGAGAGAGGGAGAGUUAAGUGUUGUUUUGAACGGUCUGUUUUCUGGUGACUACUGACAGAGGAUUUUGGAAACAAAAUCAAAUCUCGAAGCUUUGAGCGAUUGUGUUUCAUAACUCAAUAUACCAAACGAGGCACCCGAAAUGAAGGAGGUUGAGAAGAGCAUUGAUCCACAACUAUGGCACGCAUGUGCAGGAUCCAUGGUCCAAAUCCCUCCAUUGAACAGCACAGUGUUUUACUUUCCUCAAGGCCACGCUGAGCACGCUUUUGGGCCUGUGAAUUUCCCUUCCUCAACGACACCAAUCCCACCUCUUAUUCUUUGCCGCGUUACUUCACUCAAGUUUCUUGCUGAUUCUGAAACUGAUGAAGUGUAUGCGAAGAUAAGGCUGGUGCCUUUACCAGGUAGUGAGCUUGAUUUUGAAGACAAUAAUUUAAGUCUGAAUUCUGUUGAGUCCGAUAGUGAGUCAGAAAAGCCAGCAUCUUUUGCUAAAACCUUGACACAGUCUGAUGCUAAUAAUGGGGGUGGAUUUUCUGUGCCAAGAUAUUGUGCUGAGACUAUAUUUCCAAGGUUGGAUUACAGUGCAGAUCCUCCGGUCCAGACUGUGGUGGCUAAAGAUGUCCAUGGAGAGACUUGGAAGUUUAGGCAUAUUUAUAGAGGGACACCAAGGAGACAUUUGUUGACUACUGGAUGGAGCACGUUUGUUAACCAAAAGAAACUUGUUGCUGGGGAUUCUAUUGUCUUCUUGAGAGCACAAAAUGGUGAUCUCUGCGUAGGGAUCAGGAGAGCAAAGAAAGGAAUUGGGGGUGGAAAUGACUCUCCAUCUUCUGGGUGGAAUUCAAAUCAUGGAAGUUGUAUUGGCGUUAACCCUUAUGGAGGAUUCUCAUGCUUCUUGAGAGAGGAUGAGAACAAUAGGUUGAGAAACGGGAAUCUGAGUUUGAAUUCUUCUGGGAAUGCAAAUUUGAGGGGCCAUGGUGGAAGAGUGAGGCCUGAGUCUGUUUCAGAGGCAGCGGCCCUUGCAAUGAGUGGGAAGCCAUUUGAGGUUGUUUAUUAUCCCCUUGGAAGCACGCCAGAGUUCUGUGUUAAGGCCUCUUCAGUAAGGGCAGCAAUGAGGGUUCAUUGGCACUGUGGGAUGAGGUUCAAGAUGGCUUUUGAAACAGAGGAUUCUUCCAGGAUAAGUUGGUUCAUGGGAACUAUAUCCUCUAUUCAGGUCUCUGAUCCCAUCUGCUGGCCUAACUCACCAUGGCGGCUCCUCCAGGUGACAUGGGAUGAGCCAGACUUGCUACAAAAUGUGAAACGUGUGAGCCCAUGGUUGGUUGAACUGGUUUCAAACAUGCCCAUCAUCCCCUUGUCACCGUUUUCACCUCCAAGAAAGAAGUUGCGGCUCCCGCAACACUUGGAGUUUCCCCUUGACAGCCAAUUUUCAGUGCCGUCAUUUACAGGCAACCCCCUUAGGCCCAGCAGCCCCUUGUGUUGUCUAUCAGACAACAUUCCUUCAGGCAUACAGGGAGCCAGGCAUGCUCAAUUUGGUAUAUCUUUAUCAGAUUUCCAUCUAAAUAACAAACUGCAAUCAGGGCUGUUUUCAUCCAGCUUUCAGCGGUUCAAUCCACAUUCUAGCAUUUCUGAUGGCAUCAUGACAAACCACACUCACAGUAAUGAGAAAUUGUCUUGCUUGCUAACAAUGGGAAAUUCUAGUCAGAAUUUGGAGAAAUCUGUUAAUGUUAAAAAGCACCAAUUCUUACUUUUUGGUCAACCAAUACUCACGGAGCAGCAGAUCUCUCAUAGCUGUUCUAGUGAUGCAGUUUCACAAGUUGGCAAAAGUUCAUCAGAUGGCAAUUCAGGCAGAGGAAAAUCAUCAUCUGAUGGGUCAGGAUCCACACGUGAGCUGCAAAUUUUACCAGAUAAGUCAUCAAGUUCUAAAAUAUAUUGGAACCGGGGUAUUCGAGUGACUGAACCUGAACUUGAUACUGGUCACUGCAAGGUAUUCAUGGAGUCAGAGGAUGUGGGCCGAACUCUUGAUCUUUCAGUACUCAGUUCUUAUGAAGAGCUCUACAGGAGGCUGGCCAACAUGUUUGGGAUUGAAAGAUCAGAGAUUUUUAGCCAUGUUCUCUAUCAAGAUGCAACUGGAGCUGUUAAACAAACUGGAGAUAAGCCAUUCAGUGAUUUUAAGAAAACGGCCAAAAGAUUAACAAUUCUGAUGGGUUCAGGCAAUGAUAACGUUGGAAGGACAUGGAUCACAGGGAUGCGGAAUACUGAGAAUGGACUCAAUGCUCCCAACAAGACAGGUCCCCUGAGCAUAUUUGCAUAAUUACCACAUAAUUCAAUCUAGAUGUUCAAGAACAUUAUAGAUGUUAAGAAUUUAUAGUUUGCGUAAUAUGUUUAGGUGGGACAGGAUUUUAAUCUCUGUUUUUUAUGAUGGCAGCCGAAUAUUUUUGCAUUUCUUGUUGAAUGUAUUUACAUGUUUGACUGGAUAUUGGUGCCUAAUAUUAUGCCAAUGUUUAUGUUUUA